AUUAGCAGCACUAGCGUUAAAACUUGUUCAAAAUGUUAAUUUUACUUUUAGUUUGUUCUUUUGGUGUUUCCGUUUUAUCAGAGCCAUUUAGGUACGACAACUACACAUUGUACAAAGUGUAUCCUCAAAAUGAAGAUCACGUUCAGUUCCUUAAGGAUUUAUACGAAAAAACCACACUUCUCGACUUUUGGACUGCUCCUGCUAGAGCAGGAGACUUCGUAAGUGUCGUUGCUCCUCCAGAAAUGAGAGAAGACUUUGAACAUUCUUUGAAGAAACGGAGCAUUCAUUCUGAUGUUAUGUUGGAAAAUAUACAAGAGGCUUUCGAUUCUCAAAUCUACAGUAGACGAAAACGUGAAGCAAAUGAUGAACGUCUCUUCUGGACCAACUACCAGACCAGGGAAGAAAUUGAAAGAUGGUUCCAUAGUUUAGCUAAUGCUUAUCCUAAUGUUGUUACUGUUAUCAGUAGUGGACGAUCGUUUGAAGGAAGAAACCUCACUGGCGUUAGAAUCUCCAGGGGUUCAGGUAGACGAGCCUUCUUCCUCGAAGGUGGUCAAAUAGGAGCCGACUGGCUCUCUCCUACAGUCCUGACGUACUUCAUUAACGAGCUGGUUCAAAGCCAGAAUCCAGAAGCCAGGGCUGCAUCAAAUGAUUUUGACUGGCAUAUUUUCCCAAUUGUUAACCCUGAUGGACAUGAAUUCUCUCAGAAGUCUAUAAGACUGUGGAUAAAAAAUAGACGACCUCAAGCUCACGUCACUGGAUCUCCAAUUGGUGUUGAUCUUUCUAGAAACUGGAAUUCACAGUGGGGAGUUUUCGGAGGUAGCUUCGAAGCAAUCAAUAAUAACUAUGUAGGUGUGGGUCCAUUCUCUGAGCCCGAGACAAGAUCUGUCUCCCGUUAUAUUGAAAGCAUCAGGUCUAAUUUGGUUGGAGCAUUGUCCUUCAGGAGCUUUGGACAGAGAUUACUGAUUCCUUUAGCUCAUACUAGUGCUGCUGAGGGCUCUACUGCGUACAAUUACGAGCAGAUGAUCCAAAUUGGAAGGAGAGCUAUGGGAUCUUUGUCUGUGAAAUACAACACUCAAUAUUUAGUUGGCACAUCAAGGGAUGUUCAUGAUGGCUCCACUGGCGUCUUGAUGGAUUGGGUUAAAUUCCGGUUCAACCCGCCAAUAGCGGCCACUUACCACCUCAGGGAUACCGGUACCUGGGGCUACACUCUUCCAGUUGCUCAAGUUCUGCCAACUUGUGAAGAAACCUUUGAUUCUCUUUUGGCUAUUAUUAGAGAGGCAAAGCACAUAAAUAUAUUGUAAUUUAUCAUAAACCGAAUGAGAAUGCGUUCCCAUUAUGCAGUGACGACAGAUAAUCGUACAUUUUAAAAUAUCGUGUCUUGUAAAUUUAAAUGAAAUUGUUCACAAUUAGUACACGAUUGACUGUCGUUCACGACUUUUUUGACUUUACGACGACAGAAUGUCAAGAUAAUGGAAAGAACUAGAACGACAGUCGUCUGAUGAUAAAUAAAACGUCACGAUGAAAAUGUGACAACAGAUAAUCGCAGGUACUAUUUUUAUGACGUUUUAUUUAUCGUUGUCUCAUGUCUGCAAACGACAAGGCGGCUGCAGUGUAACGAUAAAUUGUCGUCACGAUUCAGUGGAAACAGCUAGGAAUGACUAAAGUUCAACGAUAAAAAUCCACGACAGAUAAUCGUGAUAUGGAACAAGCUAGACGCGACAGCCGUCUAACGAUAAAUAAAACAUUACAACAUAAUGGGAACACGUCCUGAUUCAAACAGUUACCUGAUAUUUUUCUACCAGGUUCUCGAUGUACUAAAUUAUUUUACAGUGCAUGUUUUAGAUCAUGGCGAUCACUUCUAAAGUUUUUGUUAAUAAAAUAAUAUGCGUUUCUAAAAUCCAAUGUGUUAACCUUUUUCUCUAUUAUAUUAAGUGCCGGGAGGAAGAAUAUAUGCGCCUGGUGGUUAACGACGUGCCUACCCAUAACAGUUGCAGUAUCGCUCAGAACUUUAAUUAUAUCCCUGAGAGAUGUAAAGUUGAGAAGUCCCAUGUAUCUAUAGUUCACCAGCACGCUUACCCUUCAAAACUAGAACACAGCAAUGCUCACAUUACUAGGAGACAGAAAUAGGUAUUUCAAUAAUGUGAUCUAUGAGGCCACGCAUAGAUCCUGUAUUAAUAGAGCUAACUUUAGUAACAAACAAUUUUUGUGACAAAAUCUCUUAAAAUAUCAGGUUACCUAGAUAUAUAUAUCAAAUUUGUACAGGUGGUGGUAGGUUUCAAAUAAAGUUUUGUAAAGGCACGGCUACAAGAAUAUAUCUAUUUUGUUGUUAUAUUUAAUACAAGGAUCGAACAAAUUCAAAGGAAAAUUCGUUCGAUCCAGCUGAACUCGAUCCAGUGAUGCCAACCAGUGAACCGUACCGAGGGAAUUU